CCGAACUUUGUUUAACUACUACACAUUCAGUCAUAGGCUUAGUGAUGACCGUAGUUGAAUCGUUGAAUUGGGUGUGUAGGCCUACUAACGUGAUGGAACAUAAGCCUGCGCACCCAGUAGGUCCCUUAGGACCAGGAUGGAACAACUAUGCUGUAAACUUAUGAGCCAACUGGCCCUCAUGCCUUUUUCCUAGGUGGAAGAAUGUAUGGCAUUCUAGCCUAGACUCGUGGCUAUCGGACUGAGUUUUAUUGAAGAGUAGCAAAGGAUAGACGGAGACAGUGAAAUCAUCAUGCAAUCAGAGGUAUACAGUCAUAAAAGAGAGAUGGUGGUAAAACCUCGACCAAGAGUUCUCAUAUGGGUCACCGUAGCGAUGGUGUGGUGUCAAGAUCUUUUAGAAGAUGUGUCUGGUACCGUACAUGGCGGUCUUCCUUCCCAGGGCUUGGGCCAAUCCAUCACCGAUUCAAACCUGAUGUUUGAGUUCUUGUUGGGUGGAGUAGAGAUCGACAAAGACAACAACAUCGCUCUGCUGGACCUGGAGAUGGCAUCUAUGAGGCAGGGACGAGCUUUCCUGGCUCACAUCAACGACAACAUCCCCAAGACGCUCUCUUCUAUGGAGCAGAUGGUGAAAGACCUGGAGGACAAGAGAGGGCCUCUCCCUCUCGCCCAACCCCGCUUUGAGAGCCUCAUCCUGGGCAUGGUCUACUCUGCUCACCAGGCCAAGCUCCAGGAGAGAGAGAAGGACCAGGAGAAAUGGGGAGAGGUGCUGAUACGUCUGGCUAAUAUUACAGUCAACGAGCUGCGUAGACUGGAGACCAUCACAAUAUUCACUUAGAUUAAGAUACAGACUGUUCAUUAGUCCCAAGCUUGUAAUUAACUUUUUUCAUAGAGUAUACAAAAGGAUAUAUACAGUAACAGUCAAAAGUUUAGACACACCUACUCAUUCAAGGGUUUUUCUUCAUUUUUACUAUUUUC